AAAUUAACUUUUCACUCUUCACUUUUGUAUUCUAGUGUGGAGUGGGAGUGGUUAAGAGUCAAAGGAAAGAGCAAAGAGGUAUUGGACUACAUUUCCGAUCAGAGUGAACUCGCAUUCGUUGAACCAGAUCCAAUAUCUAUCCACAAUGGGAGCUUCUGCUUCUCCCAGCUUGUGGCUUGCUCCAAACCCCAGCAAAAGAUGGGGCGAACUCUUCUUCCUUCUCUACACUCCCUUCUGGCUCACGCUCUGUCUCGGCAUUGUUGUUCCCUUCAACCUUUACGAGAACUUCACAGAAUUGGAGUAUUUGCUUCUUGGUUUGGUCUCUGCUGUUCCUUCUUUCGCAAUUCCAAUGCUGCUCGUUGGAAAGGCUGAUAGAGGCAUGUCAUGGAGCGACCGUUAUUGGGUCAAGGCCAGUCUCUGGAUUAUAAUCUUCAGUUACGUUGGGAAUUAUUUCUGGACACAUUACUUUUUCACAGUUCUUGGUGCAUCUUAUACCUUUCCAUCAUGGAAAAUGAACAAUGUACCACACACAACAUUCCUGCUCACUCAUGUUUGCUUCCUCUUUUAUCAUGUUGCAUCAAAUAUGACACUGCGCCGAUUGCGACAUUGUAUUGCUGAUUUGCCAGAAAAAAUUCGAUGGGCUACUGAAGCUGCAUGGAUUCUUGCUCUCGCAUAUUUUAUAGCAUACCUGGAGACAAUAGCUAUUUCCAAUUUCCCUUAUUACCAAUUCGUGGAUCGAGAGUCUAUGUACAAAGUUGGAUCUUUGUUUUAUGCCAUCUACUUUAUUGUAAGCUUCCCAAUGUUUCUGAGGAUUGAUGAGAAACCUGGCAAUAAAUGGGACUUGGCCAGAGUGGCUGUUGAUGCUUUGGGUGCUGCAAUGCUGGUCACGAUAAUACUCGAUUUGUGGCGCAUAUUUCUGGGGCCUAUUGUUCCGAUCCCAGACGCAAAACAGUGCCCUCAAGUAGGAUUGCCCUGGUUUUCAAGACAUGCCAAUCUGACAUGAGAACUUACAUGGAGGGAACUCGAAAGAUGGAAAGAGUAAUGAGUGCAAUCCAAAAAUGCUGAUUGCUGUUUUAUAGAGAAUCUGCUGAAAAAUCAAACUUGGUCAAUCUUUGUACGAAUGAAUGCCCUGCCGCACUGCCAAAUUUCUGGUCUGAUGGAUGUUGUGUUUCGUUGUGCUUUGAUGUUGUAUCAGGUAGUGAACACAUGUUACCAGUUAGUUGUGUCUACUUAAAUUAGCGAUGAUCCAAUUGCUUAGCCACUAACUUUUCUGCAUUUUGUUUUUCCCUAAGCUCGAGAUCAUGUUUUAUCUUUUUGUUCUCAUUUGUUGUGAGGAUUAAAUGUGGAGAAACAGAAACCGACCAGGAAAUUAGCUGAAAAUGAUUAUGAAAUUGAGUUUUGUGGUAGUAAA